AUGGAAUACCUGGAUUUGACGGGUUCCAAUAUAGACCACAGCAUGAGUGAGUCUGCUACUCUCGAUGUGGCCUGGUCCGGAAGUUGUUAUAGUUACGUGCAUGUUGAGCACGGCGAUGCCGGCACCAGUGGGGAAUCCUCCCGAGAAGCAGGGUCGUUGUAUGACGCUGAACAGCGAUGGCCUGAGUAUCAAGGUCAUGAAAACAAUCUGCAUGCUAAUCAGCUCGCCUACCCGCAAUCUUUGACGUCAGCAAACGAUCUUCAAUCUGAGGCUGCCCCCUCGAGCGUUGCCAACAACCAAAAUGAGCAUCAGCCUCAAAGACCCGAGCCGGACUACUUUGUCCAACCUUACCCGAUAUCUACCUUGGAUGCCGGGUCUAACGGCAACGAUCUCGAGUUCCAGUACGAUGCGCUAGCUGCCUUCGAUAACCAAGAGCUACUAGUCACACAGGACAGUGCCCCAUACUAUGCGCAGCAGGAUUACCCACGACAUGUUUUCGGAGACGACAUCCGGCGACUCUAUUCCACGUACACUCACGGUGACAACGACGGGAUCUCUGCUCAUCAGCAACCAACUGGCGGGGAUGGAGAUGGUCCGUGGUCUACAGUGAACCAACAAGACAACCGUCGAGAAUACCUAGAACGACGAACGAACCACCUGGUAGAAGUAAUCAACACACCUCACACUCGAGAUACCCCGAGCGCCAGCGAUCGGACAUCCAAUUCGGGUUCUUCGUCGGGUGACGGGCGCAACGGUCAACAAUGGGGAGGGGCCAGCGAGGCCACUAUUCGCCCCGAUGGCCCUGAGCAAAGCCACCAAACCUGUUACCCAAACAACUUGCGAAAUCCGCUUCACUCUCAGUAUCAAGACGAGUUUUCAAGGUUCCAAAACCGAGCUGUGACACAGACUGGCUCAACAUCUCUUUCUGGACAGACCGAUCUUCCAAUACGUGAACCAACUCGUACCGAUCGUCGUCAUCCAACACCCGAGUCCGUAGCGCCUACCUCUUCCAGUCUCGCCCUAUCAGACUUAAAGGAGAGGGAGGGGCAUUUGACGCCUCCAGAUGUCCAUCAGUCCAUUGUCUUCAAGCAAACAUUGCUUCUUUCCACACCCAUGGAUAGCUAUGUUCCCCGUCCACGACAAGCAUCCAUACCCAUCCGCGUAGCAUCUACGCGUCCUAGAAGCGACCAACGAACACCAUGA